UAGCCAAAUCCAAACUCUACGAGUAUUGUUACUUUGCUUUGAAACAGUGUCAGGGCUCAAGGUGAACCUGGGCAAGUCUGAGAUGGUUCAUGUGGGUGUGGUUCCUAAUAUCCUCAGUUUAGCAAGCCUUCUGAAAUGUAAGGUGUCUUCUUUCCCAAUGAAAUAUCUUGGCCUUUCGUUGGGAGCAACUUUUAAGAAUAAAGUUAUUUGAGAUGGGGUGGUGGAGAAGAUAGAGAAAAUGUUGGCUGAUUGGAAACGAGUGUAUUUAUCAAAAGGGGGCCAUCUCACUCUUUUUAAGAGUACUCUCACUAACCUCCCCACAUACUUUUUAUCUUCGUUUCCUAUGCCUGCAGGGGUGGUGAAUAGGAUGAAGAAACUAUUUAGGGCAUUCUUAUGGGGAGACAUGGGGGAGGAGAAAAAAUUUCAUCUGGUUAGAUGGAAAACAAUUUGUGCCUCAAUUGUGAAUGAGGGGUUGGGAGUGUGUAACUUGAGAACUUUUAAUAAAGUUCUAUUGGGAAAAUGGCUUUGGAGAUAUCACUUGGAGGAGGGAUCAUUGUGGAAGGAAAUUAUUGAUGCUAGAUAUGGUGUCGUUAGGGGUAGUUGGUGUUCCAACAAAGUGAGAGGGGGGUAUGGUGUGGGUUUAUGGAAGUUUAUAAGGAAGGGGUGGCCAUGCUUUGCAAAUCAAAUCCGUUUUGUAGUUGGUGAAGGCAUUGAAUAAGUUUUUUGUGGGACAUGUGGUGCGGAGAUCAAACUUUGGAAAGGGCUUUCCCGGCUUUAUAUCGUAUUGCAGUUAAAAGGGAGGCAUCAGUGGCGGAUGUGCGGUUAUUUUCUCAUGGCUCAUAUCAGUGGAACAUUCUCUUUAGUAGGGAUUUUCAUGAUUGUGAAUUAUCAAUUGUUGCAGAAUUUUUCAGCUCACUAUAUUCUACAGGGACCCUUGUAGCACAGCGAGAUCGAUUGAAGUGGAGGUCUAAUAAUCACAAGUUAUGCACAGUGAAGGCGUAUUAUAACAUCUUGACAACACAAGAUCAUACUCUAUUUCCCUGGAAGAAUAUUUGGAGGUCUCAUGUGCCUUUUAAAGUAGCCUUUUUUGUUUGGGGUGCCGCUCUUGAGAAGAUCUUGAACACAGACAACUUGAGGAAGAGAGGAUGUGUAGUCAUGGAUUGGUGCUACAUGUGUAAAAAGAAUGGAGAAUCGGUGGUCCAUCUCUUACUACACUCGGAGGUAACAUGGGUGUUGUGGGAUGAGAUCUUUCAAAUGGUUGAUGUUGCUUGGGUUAUGCCUAUGAGGGUGGUGGAUCUGUUGGGUUGUUGGAGGAAGAUGCAAGGCUGUCAUCAAGUGGCAACGGUGUGGAAGAUGAUUCCGUUGUGCAUCAUGUGAUGUAUUUGGACUGAAAGGAAUGCGCGUUGCUUUGAAGAUAAGGAACGCACAUUGGCUGAGUUGAAGAAUUUUAUGUUCCACACUUUAUUGUCUUGGCUUUCCGCUAUUGUAUUGCUGGGGUAAC